AUGGUGCUGCCCUUGGGCCUCUUGACGGCCGCCCAGGGCCAUCCCAUGCUAGUCGAACUGAAGAAUGGCGAGACACUGAACGGCCACCUCGUGAGCUGCGACACGUGGAUGAACCUAACGCUGAAGGAAGUCGUGCAGACCAGUACAGAUGGCGACAGGUUCUGGCGGUUACCUGAGAUUUACGUGCGAGGAAGCACUAUCAAGUUUCUUCGCGUGCCCGAUAUCAUCGUUGAUGUGGUCAAGGAGCAGCAGGCCAAAGAACAGGCGACUCGUGCAGCACGCGGCGGCGGAAUGCAGUCCCGAGGAGAGUAUCGCGGCGAUCGUGGAGGCCGGGGCAUGCGCGGGCGUGGCAGAGGUCGCGGUCGAGGCGGAGGGGGAACAUGA